AUGUUCUGCCGGAACCACCGGAGCCGAGUGACCGUGGCGCGGGGCUCAGCCCUGGAGAUGGAGAUCCGGAGGGGCCACUUCAGGCUUAGCCUCCUCGGGGACACCCCGCAGGACACUGACAUCCAGAAGAAGAUUGACCAUGAGCUCCGGAUGCGCGAAGGUGCCUGCAAGCUGCUGGCAGCCUGCACACAGCGGGAGCAGGCUCUGGAGGCAACCAAGAGCCUUCUGGUCUGCAACAGCCGCAUCAUGGCCUACAUGUCCGAGCUGCAGCGCCUGAAGGAGGCGCAGGUGGUGCAGAGGACGGCCCGGCGCCCCUCGGACGCUGGCCCCAUGGACGAACGCUUACCCUGCAGGGGGAAGGUCUGCGUGUCAGAUCUCCGGAUCCCCUUGAUGUGGAAGGACACGGAGUAUUUCAAAAACAAGGGAGACCUGCACCGCUGUGCCGUGUUCUGCCUGCUGCAGCUCGGCGUGGAGAUCUAUGACACCGAGAUGGUGCUGGUGGACCGGACACUCACCGACAUCUGCUUCGAAAACGGGGUCCUCUUCACGGAGGCGGGCCCGGACUUCGAGCUGAAGGUGGAGCUGUACAGCGCGGGGCUGGAGGAGGACUCUGCGCUCGGUAGCACCCCGAAGAAGCUGGCCAGCAAACUGAGCAGCUCGCUGGGACGCUCCUCCGGGAAGCGGCUGCGCACGGCGUUGGACGGGGCCCCGGGGAGCCCCGUGAGUAAUGGGGGGAGCAGCCCCCUCCUGCUGCCGGCCCCCAGCGUGGCGGGCCCCAAGUACCACCUGCUGGCCCACACCGUGCUCUCCCUGGCCGAGGUUCAGGACAGCUUCCGCACCCACGACUUGGCCAUCACCAGCAAUGAGGAGAGCUCCUUCUGGCUGCCCCUCUAUGGCAGCAUGUGCUGUCGCCUGGCUGCCCAGCCCUACUGCAUGGCCCAGCAGAUGAUGUGCGGCUUCUUGAAAUUGCAGCAGGUGGGUGAGCAGCAGAGCUGGGCGCGGCUGUUCUGCGUGCUGCGGGGCUCCAACCUCCUCUGCUACCGCCGGCCCCAGGACGCCGAGGCCCCGGUGGAGCCGGCGCUCACCAUCGCCAUCAACAAGGAGACGCGGAUCCGGGCCACGGAGAAGGACGCCAGGAACAAGCUGCAGAGCAUGUCGGUGACCAACCGCUAUGGGGGUGAGGAGGUGACGCACACGCUGCUGGCGGAGAGCCGGCCCGACACGCAGCGCUGGAUGGAGGCCUUCUGGCAGCACUUCUACGACUUGAGCCAGUGGAAGCAGUGCUGCGACGAGCUCAUGAAGAUCGAAGUGCCGUCCCCACGCAAGCCCCCAGCCCUUCUGGCCAAGCAGGGCUCCCUGUACCAUGAGAUGGCUCUGCCGGGCCCUGCGGUGCCGCCCGCGGCCUGCGAGGGGCUCCUGCUCCAGGAUAACGCCGUCUCCGCUGAGAUUCGGGCGCUUCUCUCCUCCUAUUACAGUGACAGGUGA